AUCCCAAAAACGUCAACAAAAAGAAAAAGAAAAGCAAUGGAGCUGGCGGUGAUAGAUCUGAGCCCGUACUUGGAAUCGGAGUCGGAGUCGGAGUCGGCGGAGCUCUGCGGCGAGGUGAGCCGGAGUCUCAGAGAAAGCGGAGCUCUCCUAGUGAAAGACCCCCGAUGCAGCGCUGAGGACAACGAUCGCUUCCUCGAUAUGAUGGAGAACUACUUCAACUGCUCCUCCGAGUUUAAGCGCCUCCACGAGCGGCCCCACUUGCAUUACCAGGUCGGAGUGACUCCGGAGGGAGUGGAAGUGCCGAGAAGCCUUGUGGAUGAAGAAAUGCAGCAGAGGCUGAAAGAGAUGCCGGAACAGGUACAGCCUGCAACUCCCAAAGGCCCUGAUUGCAAAUGGAGAUACAUGUGGAGAGUCGGCCCUCGCCCUUCCAAUACCCGCUUUCAGGAACUCAAUGCCGACCCGGUUGUGCCUGAGGGCUUUCCUGAGUGGAGAGAAACUAUGGAUUCAUGGGGGUGCAAGAUGAUAUCGGCAUUACAGGCUGUGGCUGAAAUGGCUGCCAUUGGAUUUGGUUUGCCCAAGGAAGCAUUCACUUCCCUAAUGCAGCAGGGACCACACCUUCUAGCUCCAACUGGAAGUGACCUUCGGCGUUAUGGCCAGGAGGGUACUGUCUUUGCAGGAUAUCACUAUGACCUGAAUUUUUUAACUAUUCAUGGCAGAAGUAGAUUCCCAGGGCUUAAUAUCUGGCUAAGAAAUGGGCAAAAAAUUGAAGUGAAGGUUCCUGUCGGAUGUCUCCUUAUUCAGACUGGAAAGCAGAUAGAAUGGUUAACCGGUGGAGAUUGCAUAGCUGGAAUGCAUGAAGUUGUCGUAACAAACAGGACAACUGAUGCAAUCAAACUAGCAAUGGAGCAAAAUCGCAUCUUAUGGAGAGUAUCUUCUACAUUGUUUGGCCACAUAGCAUCUGAUGCUGUGUUGAAGCCCUUGGGCCACUUUGCUGAUUCGCCACUUGCCAGUAAGUAUCCGCCCAUUUAUGCAGGGGAGUUUGUUGAACAAGAGCUUUCUGUAAUCAAUCUAAAAGGAAACAAAGGACAACUUUAAAGACAUGGAAAAGCGACUUGUUAUGUUACAUAUCCAAACAGCAUCUUGCAGAGGGCAUUUGGGAUGACAUAGACAUGAAUUGGAAUAGAAGAGGUUGAGGGCAUGAUUAAACUGUGGUUUUAGAACAAGCAUGGAUUUCACAGAAUUUCAAUAUUUAUGAAACAUUCAAGUGAAGAACUGACCUUCAUGGAUCCUUAAAUAUAUUGUCUUAUUUAUAUUCA